GGUUUGUAGGACCAAAAGUUUAUUGCACGUCUAGUUAAAGUCAUUUUUGUACUUCAUAAAAGAAUAUAUAUAUAUAUAUAUACAAUAUUCAAAUGAGCUCAACUACCGCCACCGUAAGCAGGUCUGGGAAGACUUACCUUCGACCAGAUACAUCAAAGUCCUAUGAUUACGUCCCUUUUACACCCUUUCGAAAAUCGAGUUUUUUUGAGCGACAGGUUUCUAGAUUUUCAACUGAAAUAGGCUUUAAUCUCCUGAGGCCUUAUGAAAAGGUCUUUUGCAUUUUUAUUUUAGUCGCCAUGAUGAUUCUACCUUAUGCUCUUUUUAUUUUAUUAAAGCAAAUUUUUUUGAUUGCAUUUUGGCGAGUUUUGUUUUAGUGAUAAGGACAUACAACUGAUCGAAUACACACAAGCAUUGAAUACACUUCACCAUUGAUGUGAUAUUUCAUUAAGCAUGUUAUGCGUACUUAUCCUUAUAAAUGACAAACACAAUUUCAAAGAAGAAGAAUCCACGUCUUGUCAUGUUGUUUUUUAGGAUUAUCUUUGAUGGAAAUUUUUUUUUAAUAUUAUGGCUAUCGAUGCCAGACAUCCAAUUCAGAGAAGUCUAAUCAUUUUUCUGCUCUCAAAAUGCAACGGUAAAAUAUUUUUUGACCCCCAAGUCAACCAAAGAAGCCAUAUAUGUUUAUAUUUUUCUUUAAGUGACGAACGUGUGCGACGGUAUAGGGUUAGUUUCAGAAGGAAAAUAAUGCAUAAUAAAAGGAUAACAUUUUUUAGUUCAAAAAUAUAUCCCAAAAAAUUAUUUUUGUAUGCAGACUAGAAAUAGGAAGAAAUAAUAUACUAUUAUAGAUAUAUAUGUUUGUUCCUUAUUAAGGCAAGAGUCCACUAUUAUUCAAGCUUUAAUUUUCUUAAGGGUAAUGAUUAAUAAAAUUUAUUUGCUACAUAUCACCUAGGAAAAA